CUCGACGGCUGGGAAAAGCAAACCUUGACGACUUUGGGCGCUAUGGCUCUGGCAAAAUUCAUUCGUAAGGUCAACAUCGACUCCUUUGUGUCGGACAUGUUCAUGUUCACCAAAUCUGGCAUCUUACUACUGUCUUGGAUGAUGGAUCAGCGUAUCUUCAGCUGGUAUUGCGUGGCGUAUGCAAUGCUGUUUCUGUACGUGCGACGGCCCGAGUACAAGGGACCAAGUCGCAUCGAAUGGUUAAAUCCUGCGACACUCAAGCGACUAGUGCUCGAGCCUGAUGAUACAGACAAGAACGUCGCUUGGCUGGUGGAGUUCUACGCAUCUUGGUCACCGCCUUGCGUGAGCUUGGAACCUACGUUUGCAGACCUGAGCUGCAAGUACACCACCGCUGACCUCAAGUUUGCCAAAUUUGAUCUCAUGAGAUGGCCUAAGACUGGGGAAGAAUACGGCAUUAACGUUGCUGGGACGAGCAAGCAGUUGCCUACUUUGAUUCUGUUCGAAAAGGGCAAGGAAGCGGUGCGCGUUCCUCACGUGUACAAAGAUGGAAGAAUUGCUCGCGCUCGUUUGCGACGGAGCGACUUGAUCGCCGCUUUCGCUCUGGAC